UGACGCGGCUACGGGCUGAGGAGACACAAGAGAAGCUGCUGUCGCCAGUGUCGGAGCCGCCGCCGCUGCCACCGCCUCUUGGAAUCGCAGGAUACUCCGCUUCGCCGCCGCCCAGCCUGCCGCGACAUGCCGUCCGAGAAAACCUUCAAACAGCGCCGAACCUUCGAACAGAGAGUAGAAGAUGUCCGGCUCAUCCGAGAGCAGCAUCCUACCAAAAUCCCGGUAAUAAUAGAACGAUACAAAGGUGAGAAGCAGCUUCCAGUCCUGGAUAAAACAAAAUUCCUGGUGCCUGAUCAUGUCAACAUGAGUGAGCUCAUCAAGAUAAUUAGAAGGCGCUUACAGCUCAAUGCUAACCAAGCCUUCUUCCUGUUAGUGAACGGACAUAGCAUGGUGAGUGUGUCCACACCGAUUUGUGAGGUGUACGAAAGCGAGAAGGACGAAGAUGGAUUCCUGUACAUGGUAUAUGCCUCUCAGGAGACUUUUGGAAUGAAGUUGUCUGUGUAAGACUAGAAAAAUGUAUCUGUGCUAGAAUUUUUGAAACCCUUACCAAGGAAUAAAAAAGGGAUGUUACCAACUGAGAUUUAUCAGCUCAUCUAAUCACAGAUCAUCCAAACAGUAGUUUUCCCGCCUAGGAGUCUUAGGAAGUUGUUUUUGUACUUCACGCAGAAAAACGGAGCUCCAGACGAGCACAUUCAGCUGUGGAAAACUUUAUUACUUAACCUAGGCUGUUUUGUUUUCACAUACAGAAGUUUAAAAAAUAAAAUACUUUGCAUUCUAAGUUGCCAGUAAAAUAGAUUUUCAAGUUAUUUUUAAUGCUCUUUCCCCAAAAGGAACUUAGAAUUUGAGCAUUCAGAGGGAAGUUAAGUCUUGUCUCUAGGUUCAUAGAACCUGCCAACUUUUUCUGGAAGGGUUUCUACUCAAGUAGAGAAAUCUUAAGAGGAUCUUUAAGCGUAAGUUGUCAGGCAUGGCCACGUCCAUCCCAGUGUAUCCGCCAUUAUAGUUGGAAAAAGGGUGAAUUGGGGGUACACAGGAAACUAUAAGCCUGAGCUGCUCUGCAGGGUUCCUGAUCUGCUAAUAAGUGUAUUCCAGGUCAGCACUCAUGAGGAAGUUCUCAUUUGGUUACUUCUCUAGACAGUACAUGCAAAAAGACCACUGCUCAACAGGAACCUUGGAUAAUUGAUGAUCUUGGUCACGUUUCUCCAAAGGCCUAGAGAAAGAAGGGCGUUUCUUCUGUUUUGGAUGUUCUCUGCAGAGUCAAGGUACUGCCUGCUUUGGUCAAUGCCAGGCAGUCACAUCAGUUUCUUUCUUUAGGACAGAGGUGGGAAGCCACAGGAUUCAGAUGUCACUUCCUCUACCUUCUGGCUCAAAGUGUAGAUGAUCCAUGUUUUAUGUUAAGUGUGUGACUGAAAUAUGUAAUUAGACACUUCUAAUUUAAGAGUAUCUCAGCUAUCACUGUUAGGUCAAGCAACCCUCAAUUUCCCCAUUCUGUGUGCAUGUCACUUUGGAAAAUAGCAAAAGGAAAAAAUGUUCUUUUAUAGCUAUUAAUGGCAAAAGUUAAACAUGUUCCAAAAGUCCAGCUAGAAUAAAUAACCAGUGCUUCCUGUUACCUGCAUGGGGUUCCCCAUGGACUAUUUUUUGUGGGCGUUAUCACAAAAAAGGGCCCAGACCCACUUGCUUGACGUACAUUGUAGCAGGCCGCGUUUCCUCUCGCGCAUCUAGAUGUGUGGAACACUCGUAUCCGUCAGCGGCAGGUACUGACUCUUAAACGCAGUGUUGUGCUGCACCCGGGCCCUCGACCCCCCAUCUUCCCGCUGCAUGCAUCUGUCCACGUGGCUGACUUUUCACGUGUAUAUUUCCACAUUGUGUAAAUUCUUAGUCACCCUGUCUCGCUUAGACUGUACGCAUCAUUACAUCUGACGUUCUUGUAACUACGGUGUGCUCCGUAAGAUUCCUAUGAGGAGUUCUGCUUUUUAAAGACAAAAAUACCAUGCCGAGAGGGGCGACUUAGACCCCACAUUAGUGGGUGGUCACUCCCUUUAUAGGCUCUUUAAAACAAGUCCAUUUUUAAUGACUAAGGUAAAAUAAAGGCACAACUAAAAACUGUCA